UUUAUGUGUUUAAAUAAAUAAAAUGCCAGUUUCCCCUACCAGGGUUUGACAAAUCAGUGUUCUAAAUAGUAUUGGCGUCUUUCUAUAUAUUGUUUCCCUCUGAUUGUGACAUACACAAUUAAACAGCUUUACUUAGCGUCUGUGUACAGUAAAUUCAUUUAAUACCUCUUCUCUUUAGACCACGUGGGCAUUGUGAGAUGGAUAGAAACUCACUUCUUAUGGCAGUUUCUUCUCUACUAGAUCCAACCAUUGAUAACAAUAAGCGAAGUGAAUGCUUCAUGAUGGCUGAGAAUUACAAAAAUGAGCAAUUCCAGUUUGCUGAUGUUGACUUUCUGUGUAAUGCGAACCAGCCUUCCGUUAUCAUACUUUUCGGACUUCAGUGUUUGGAUCACUACUUAAAAAAUCACUGGGGUCAGAUGGCGUUUCAUGCGAAAUCCAGCCUGAAACAAAAUAUUUUUAAACUCUCAAGAGAAAUUAAUAAAUUUCGGUUUUCUAGAGAAGAAAUGCGUGCUUUCAGUCUAAUGUUGAGUCAGAUUAUCGUCUUCCUCAUCAAGUGUGAAUGGCCUCAACAAUGGCCUACUAUGUUACCAGAAUUCCUGUCCCUUGGAAAGAUAGGGAUUCUCCAAACUAAAUUAGUGCUGAAUUCAUUCCUAAGACUGUAUGAGGAUGUUGUACAGUUCCAAGAUGCUCCACCAUCUCGACGGCGUGACAUUUUAACAGGUCUGAAUGACAACUUGACCGAGAUAUUUGUUUUUGCACUUGAUAGUAUUGUUAACAUCCUCUUACUACCAAAUGCCGAUUCAUCCAUCGACUGCGACUCGCUUGAGAUUUGUCGUGAGUCAUUAUAUACAUUGGGAGGUUUUCUUGAGUCCUGUCGCCUAAAUGUUUUAACUUCUUGGACCCCUUCAGAACUCGCCAUCAAAAACCUCAAUCUUAGUCGCACUUUGCCAUUUCUGAGUUUAAUUACUACUCUCGUUGGGAUUAGGAGCUUGCAAACCGAUGCUCUAAGUUUGAUAAAUAUCUUGCUAUCCAGACGAAUACAACCUGGAUCCGAAAUUCCAGAUUCAUAUGGCCCAACUAUUGCUGACAGUUUUCUGAAAGAGCCUUUGGGAUCUUCAUCUCCAUGCAAUAAUCUCAUAAAAGUUUUAUGUUCUACAUUAUCCGAAAAUCCCGUGUAUUCUGAUGAACGUUACAACUUCUUAAGGCUAUUUGGUGAUAUUGUAGUCCAUAUUGGUUGUCAUAUGAUUAUCCAUUGGAAGGCGUAUUCAUAUGAAUCCGCUCUCUGCAGUUGUUUGGAUCAUGGUGUCUGUGAAUGUCCUAACCUACCAUCACAUCUCUUCCAGGCAAUUUUACGUUUGACUGCCUACCCAAUCCACGUAAUAUCAGCGUGCACAAACAAAUUUUGGAUUACCGUUCUUCGUUCAGAGGAAGAAUCUUUACUCAAGUUAACUGAAAGGUUUGCGGAUGAUUUAUUUAGCAUUUGGCAGAAGAAUUCAUUAAAAGUUGGUCAACCAUCUGGUACUGGUAUUCAAAGUGAAUGGAACCGAAGAAUUUUUGAAACCGAUGAUCAUACUAGUUUUUUCUCCCGAUACCGAAGUGAUUUGGUAAAGUGUUUGUCAGCUGGAGCGUCUUGCUGGCCACAAAAAUUUUUACCUUUGUGUAUAUCAUGGAUUGAAACACUAAUCCAAGCAUCUCCUUCCUGUCAAGAUUAUGAUCAAGUAACUAAAUUCCUGUUAGCGACUUCACCACUUAUACUCGAAUGGGAAGCUUUAGAUUCGUUUUUAGAACCAUGUCUAUCAGCUGUUGAGCAAUCAUUGAAAACUCGUCAUAUUGAUAUGGAUAUUAGUUCAAAAGUGAAAAUUUUGAUUCAUGGGAUUUUACAAUCUUCAAAUACUAUGGAUCCGCUCAUUAGAGCUAAGCAUCUAACUUGUUUGUCAAUGUUAUUACAACAUGUUGAUCCAAAUAAUGAUUCAGAACUCCUGGUACCCUUUUUAAACAAGAUUUUUGAAUCUUUAAACUCUUGUCCUGUUGUGGAUGAAUCUACAUCUUUAAUCGAUACACUUGAUUUUGUAAAUAGACCACGGCAAGUUAAAACUAUGCACUUAGCAUCUGCAACAUCAUUUCUUCGUUUCACUCGUGCUCAUCCUAUAAGAAUGAUGCCUUAUUUUGAUAAAAUAUUGAAUGAAAUAAAUAGACUUUGGAUGGAGAAAAUUUGUGGAAGUAUGGAGAAAGGUAUUCUUUUAGAAGCUUUAGUGAUACUUGGCUUUCGUGUUCCUCAGCCAAUCAAUGUACAGUUCGAUUUUCUUCGAAGUUUGCUUGUCAAUGUUUAUGGUCCAUGGUGUGGCCAAAAUCCUUACAACGUCACGCCACUUUCAGAAUUAUUGCGCGCAUGUGAAUCUGGGGCAUCUGGUUUAGUUGCAGCUUUGGGUCUCAAUAAACCUUCUGAUCAAUUGGGGAACUUUGAAUCUCCAUAUGUUCAAACCCGGAUAAAUCUGAAUCACAAUGUUCGUUCGUUGUUGGCUGUUUGUAGACGCCUCGCAGAACCGUGCAAUAAUCAGCAGCUUGAAAAUAUUUCACUACCCAUCUUGGAACCCGUUUUAUCACCAGUUUUGCAUGUUCUUCGAGCAUUCAACCAACUUUGGUUACCGGAAACACUGAAACUAGUUCAUCCAACUUUACUUCCUGUAUUACAACAUACAGAUGAAAUUCAACUAUGUUCAUUGAAUUCUCAAUUUCAAAAUAUACUCAAAUUUGUAGAUGUUACGAAUCCUUCGUUACACCGGUUGCGCACUUUCCUCAAUGACUGUCAUGAGAAUUUAAUGGGGAUAGUUGGUCUUUUAUUUGUUUCGUUGGGAUCGAAAUUCUAUCGUUUACCAACUGAACAGUUAAGAAUUGCAUUGCACGAUGGUUGUUGUGCUGCAUUUGAACAUUUGCCCGACCUCAAGCUAAACAGUCUUCUACGGUCUAUUCUUCGUCCCUUUAUCCGUCAGUGUCCUAGGCAGCAUUUUGAAACUGCCAUCAUUCCUUUGGUCCCUCCAAUAAUUGAAGCUGCUAUUAAGAGAACUGGAGCAAGAUGGAAUGAAUUAAUCCUGGCCGAUGGACGUAUCUGUGAAGACGAAAAAGCAAUCGCAGCUGAACUUGUACUGGACAGAUCGACUCGUCUGUUAAGUCGAACAUGUUUGGAUAUAUUGCGCUUGAUUUACACCUUCAAUGGGUAUGAAAUAUCUGAACAAUUUAAUAACCCUAAGGAAAAUGAUGGAGAUUGCGAUGAUGAUAAUGAUGAUGUAGACAUGUCAGAAAGUAUAUGUGCAAAUGGUCAGUCAAGUAUAAAUAGUUCGCUUGGACAUUUAACAAAAUUAUUGGCAAAUAUGCACACUGUGUCAUCGGAACCGAACUAUAAUGCACAGAAUCUUCCUUCAGAUCCUUUGUUCUUACGUUCACUAACGAAAAUUUUAGCUUGGCCUGAUACUUCAAUUUGCUCUAAAGCUGCUCAGUGGAUAUCAAUUCUGGUUGAGAUGCUGACCAAUACCGUCACUCAGACUAAUUGUGGUCCAAAAAUUGCUACCACACAUUUAUCUACUGAUAUUGCAGAAUUUAUUUUAUUCGGAAUCUUAUGUGGUCUACACGUAAAUGGUAAAAAUGCUGAAAAUGCUUUAAACUGUUUACUAUAUGUUGGAAUUAAAACUUAUCUAUCUGUGGAUAUUAUUGUGGCCAGACAAAAUUUACGAUCUGUUAUAAUUCGUGUUUUAAUGGAUACAUUAAAUGGUGAUAAAACUAAAGAAGGACAAAUACAACAGCAACUUCAAAUUUUUGAGGAAAAAAUGUUUGGUAACCAAGACAGACCGACAACAAUGAGGGCGAGGCGUGAUGCUUUUAAAAAAAUCGUUGACCCUAUUAUUGGAGUUCCUCUGAGUCAACGUUUUCGUAAUGAAUUUCAAAUACACAAUAUACCUCCUCUACACCGACCCAAGUGGAUUCGUAUACGUGAGAAAAGGGAUACAUCGCAUAUUGAAAACGAUUUCGGUCUUACAAACUUAUUUGCUAAUACAACUAAAUAA